CAUGAGGGAACAUCGAGCACAGGCGGAGAUGUGAGAAUUCGAUCGCAUUGAGGAGGGAAACAUUUGGACUUUUCCCAUGCGCGGGACAGCGAACAGGCAUGGUUUGCUCGAGGGCGAUGCUGUGGUGGUCUGAAUCGAAUCAUUACUCUUUUUUGCACGCAAUAAUGAAUGCUCUUGACCGCGCUUUACGCAAGGCUUCGCCAGUUACUUUGCACCUCCAGCACUCUGCGACAUAGGCGCUGCUUGAGCGCUGCUGCCGCAUGCUGUAGAGAUUUGCACGUGAUACUCCGACUUCGGAAGGUGCGAUGCAGGCAGUUGCCAUUCAGCCGGCCGCUCAAGUGCGGUGCAGUCCAGAUGUCGCCUUGCCUCUUGCGACCAGUGAUGCAUGCGAGAUUCGCAAGCAGGGCGGGUAGCGCAGGCUGGUGGGCGGUGGAGGGCGGUAUGGCGUAUGCGGUGCGUGCAAGGAUGCGUAUUUUGGCGCGCAUGGCGGCAGAAUUAAGGAAGCAAGCCGAAGAAAACUUCGGCGGGUCCAUUCAAGCUAUUCAUUCAACAUGCUACUACCUCAUCGCUGAACGCCUCACAACACGCCCGCCCGCAAAGGCGAAGGAACUCAUUUCUCACCUCUCACGCAGUGCCUGAGACGGCUGCCCAGCACCUGCGCAGCACGCCAUAUCACCACCGUCGGACCCGCGAGAAACCCCACCACUUCCGUCAUGGUGCGCAACAUCGUGGUCCUCGGCGGCAGCAGCCACCCGCAGCUCACCCGUAAAGCUCUUCAGCCCUACACGUUUCGGCCUUUCUG